AUGUUGAAUAAAGUCAGCAAUACUUCAGGAGCUCUGAACACAAGUAUCAGAAUGGCUGAAUGGUGUAUAGAAAAUGAAGACAGGAUAGAUGUUUCAGCGACUCAGUCAAAAUAUUCUCGUACGGUAAAUCUGGAAGAUUAUGUAAAUCCUCCUAAAAGUGAAAAAGCAGCACUCUUAAUACUGAAUCAAGCAAUUGGCACACCGAAUUUAUUCCUCAAACUAUGGAAUAAAUAUCCAUUAAGAGUCUGUGCUGAUGGUGGUGCCAACCGUCUUUACGAACUUUUUGAAAAGAAUGAGGAUGCAAGAUCAAAAUAUUUACCUGACUACAUAAUCGGCGAUUUUGAUUCCUUAAAACCUCACGUAGGGGAAUACUACCAGAAAUCAGGAGUACCGCUUAUCAAACAAGAGACACAAUAUUCAACAGAUUUUUCAAAAUGUUUGUGCUUGAUAGCGCUACAUAUCUAUUCAGGCAGCUUUAGAGACAAAAUAGUUAACCAACAAACAAUUGAAGCUUAUUCGGGAAUUCACGAUCUAUAUGAUGCCAUGCUCAAAGAUUCAAAUAUCAUAAUCCCCAAAAGUAUAAGGCUACUGGCUAUUGGUGCUAUAGACGGAAGAUUUGACCAAACGAUUCAUUCUAUAACUCAAUUGUACCAAUUAUCAGUUAAAGAGAGCCUAUUCAAUCUAUGUUACUUGAGUGCCACAGAUCUCAUUUUUCUAAUAUCGCCCGGAGGAGUACUGAUUGAGUACUCAAAGAAAUUUCGAGAUGAAUGUAUUGGAUGUUGUGGUCUCUUGCCCCUGGGGGGGCCUACAGAGAUUUAUGAGACUCGUGGUCUGAAAUGGGAUGUUGGAAAUUGGUACACAAGCAUAGCAUCUGGCAAGGUAAGCAGCAGCAAUCGGUUUUCAGGAAUUGAUAAAUGUUUUGUGGAUUGCAAAGAAGGCAUUGUUAUGAACAUUGAAGUAUUUACUGAUAAACUAUACAACUAUAUAUAG